AAAAACAAGCCUCUUGGAAGUGGGCAAGUGAUGUCAAUUCGACUAUGGCUGCCAGUACAACAAACAGAGUCAUCGUGGCAGUUUGGGCACUUUUGGUGACCCUAUCUGCUGCAUCCGAUGUAUUUGACCAUGUUCUCACUGAUGUGAAGCCAUGUAUGGAGGUUUGCGAGAACACAUAUCCGUCACACACGUACGAGAAGCAGGGCAACCACCAUGAGUGCUGCAGGAGGGGGUGCCGCUUCUACUCCAUCAUGGAGUUCGUCAAUGGAGGCGAGGAGGUCAACACCACACAGAAGGAAUGUAUGGGAUGCUGCAAGGAAUCCUACCCCGCGGAGGCGGACUAUAAUGCCUGUGCUCUGGGAUGUAGAAGUCAGACACCAUUCGCUGCCAGAAGACACCAGCUUGAGAGUGAGGAGCCCAGCAUCCACCUGCUGUACCCCCUGAUGUACGUGCACAGUCUGUACAGCAACAUGAUAGAAAAGGCCUACCACAGCAUGACGGUCAGCUGGUCACUCUACAUGGAGGCCGACAACGGCAAGCUGGUGGUCAUCAAAUCCCAGCCUCAGUUCUACACAGAGUUCAAUGAUGCACAGGAUCUCGAUGAUUACAAGGGAAUGAACUCUGAUGACAAGACGGCUAACUAUCUGGAGAUGAACAUCGAGCCCAUUGAUAAUGCUGCCACGCCCAACCUAAAGCACUCCCAGCUGAGAUCUGCCCGUAGUUUUGAGGACAGCCUGGGCUUGAUGUCAGAUGACCGCAAUGUCAACUCAGACUGGCUGACCUGUAUUGCCAGGAAGACUGGCAUUCCACGACUCCUUCUCUGUCUGCUGAUUCUGUUCUGUGCCAUUGUAAUGAUCUGGCUGUGUCUUACAGCAGCUGUCACAGCCCCAGAACACAGGAUACACACCCAGAAGUUGAGCAUCAACGGGGACCUGGAGUAUCUUAGGGAGAUGGUGAAGCAGGGGAAAGGCAUCCAGGUCCUCCACCCCCAGGACCGGGUAGAGGCCAGCCCCCUCCCAAUAAAGAUACGUGUAGAGAGGAUAUAGGCUUCAUCAAACUGGCGUUGACAUGGAAUGCAUCAUGUUGAGAGUGAAAUACAACACCAUCCUCUUCCUUGCACUAACUGUUGAUAUCUGUGUUCAUUCUGGAUACAUCAGGAGAUAUAUAACGAGCAACGCCACCAUCUUCAUCAUCAACAUUAUCAUAUAUGUCGGGGAUGUAUAACAUUGGGGUAUUAGUGUACACAAUGGCUGAACUGUCACAAUUAACAAUGGUAUCUGGUACACUUGAGACAGUGGUUACAUUUUGGAUAUUUGUCUUAAGGAACAUUUCACAAUUGACUUAUUUUCAUAUAAUACAAAAUGGUGAUGGAAUAACUGGAUUGAUGGUUAAGUGAUUUCAUAAGAUUGAUAUCAAAUUUGGAUGAUUUAUGAUAUAAUAUUAUUCAUUCAGUCCUGAUUCUAGGAGAUCACAGUUGAUAACACACAUGCUUGAGAAUUCACAAGUAGAUACUGUCUUGUGUCUGUAAAAAGAAAUCCAGUGAGUUAUGACUUAACCCAAUCCUGAUUUUGCGCUGAGCUCUAUGUUCAAAGUGUCCUACAGAAUUUGGUUUCAGAGAACAUUGAAAUGUCAACUGAAUGAAUGAUGAAGUGUUUUCAAGUAAUGUAAUCUGUCAGUUUUGUUGACUGUGUUCUCCGUGUAAAUGGUUGUAUAUUUAAUUCGAGGGAUACCUGGGCUAGCUUCAUUCCAUUGAUGUAGGAAUGUCUUCACUGACAAAUGUUUUGGCAGUGUUACUGAAACGAUGUGAUGCUUUUUUUUGCUAUUUUAUUUUCUCUUAAGAUCUGAUUUGAGAAACAGUUCCCUGUUUGAUAAUACUAACACUGUACAUGUCUUUCAUUAUGUGACUCUUGCACACAUGCUUUGUGAGCUGAGAUUAUGUUUUGUUUUUUCUCAUUUAACUGUACAUAGCAAAUUGCACAGUAAUUCUUACAAUUUAUUCUUUAAUUAGCAUCUGCCAAAUUACCCUAAAUCCCCAGAAAAGAUCUUCACCGAACUAAUUAGUGAUGAAUUCAAAUAAUCCACUUUCACACUUUCCAUGCCGUUUGGGAUGCCACUACUGGGAACUUAAAAAAAAGCCAUCCUCAAAAGAAAGCAUCAAGGACCUUGAUUUGAGGAUUUAUGGUACUGGUGGUUGGAAUUUGCUGCUUUAACAGCCUGUGAUUAUUUUCUUUGGUAAUAUGUAAUAUUAUUCUGUAGUAUUGUAUUGUGUAAGACAAUUGAAUGUUUAUGUAUGUGGACGACAACCCUCAAUACAUUGUGUAGGAUCCCCCUAGAUGGUGUUGGACUGUCAAGGGAGACACCAGCAUGCUACAAACAUCAAACUGAUUUCAGAAAUUGUUUCCUGCAUAGAUAAUGAUUUUCUCACUAUUAAUGUGUCUUCAUGUUUUCACACGAGACAUAAUAGAGUGCUUAUUUAACUAACACAGAUCAACUAAUUGAAAUAACAGAUUUGCAACUAAUUUCAAAAUAUGUGUGUUCUUUCUGUUAAGUUCCACAUACCCAGGUAUCAGAAAAUGUUUCAAAAUACUUUAGACACAAGUCCACCUUGGUAUUAUUGUACAGCAUAGUAAAUGUUGCACAUUUGUCAUGGGAAAUUAUAUGUUAGGGGAAAUAAAGGGUUUAUAAAUCAA